UCCCUUUUAAUGUCGAUGAAGUUUUAAUAGUGGGUUUACCAGUGAUAUCGAGUGAAACACAGUUCGAUACGCCUUGGUUAAAGUUCAAUAAAACCCAUUCUUAAAUGUAUGAAACAAACAGGAACGGAAGGUCUCGUAUACUUCAUCGGUAGCCACAGUCGAUAUUGAGUGUCAUAAAUUGUCCAAGGAAACUUGUUCAACGCUUGGCCUCAAAACCGGUUAGGGAUUAAAUAUUCGCCGGUUUGGAAUUCUAUGAUGAGCGACAUUCGGUGUUGCCAUAGCGAUUUAAAGAUGGACUUUUUCUGAAGUUGGUAUGAAUAAUUUCCAAAAAAAAGAGGAUAAAUAGUACAUGUUUUCUGCGAUUCCAAAAAGUGAUUUAACCAUGAAGCUGAUCUCAGAUCUAUAAAAUAUAAGACAUCGGUCACGAACACGUUGAAAACAGAGCAAAUAAACUUAUUGCCGCGGUGAUAAAUACCGAUAAUAAUAUAUUGGCGCAGCAUUAUCGAAUAGGGUUGUUCCAAAGAAAGUUUGCUGACAUCCGUUGCCAUGGAACUAAGAAACGGAACUGACAGCAAGAUGGAUAUACCGAAGCUGGACUUAGGGUCGACGAUCACAGGGCGGCUAAAUGGGCGACAGAGCGUCAGCAGCGAGCUUGGCCGAUACAGUGUCGCCUCCAACUACAGUUCCGCUGGCAUGGAUCUCACGUACCGCGACUACUUUGGACCGCCUAGUUAUACCCCCUUCGACGUCAGCAUGAUCGAACUAGACUUCAUCAAGACAAGGACCAAGUCUCAAAUCAAGCGCAUCAACUCCCUCAAGCUCAAAUACAUGGACUGGUUUUCCAGAAAAAGCCAGACAUUCUUAGACAGCAUAAAACUUACACAAAUUCUAUCCCAAAAACUUGUUCCCUCCGAAAUUCAAGCAAUGGAAGACUUUAAAAAGAUUCACGCGAUGUCGCGUCGGUUUCCUAGAAACGGGACACCACGUGACACGAAUCCGGGCAAAAUGGACGACUUCUACAUGUUUUGGCUGACAAUGGUGGAUCUUAAGGAAGAAACAGACGAUCUUUAUGAAGGUCUGUGUAAAUACUGUGAAGGAGUUACAAGGCUUCGACAGCCGUUUAUAAAAGACGAGAUCGAUUCUAUGAAGGAAAAACUUGAUGACGGAUUCUCGAAAGAAUUCGUCUUUACUGGAAUAAGUAAUGAGAGAGACAAUUUGUUCACGUACAAAGUGGCGGCAUUUGAUCAUACUUUUCAUGGAAUCUUAAAUUUCAUCCCCUAUCUUAUGACCCUAUCUGUUCGAAUGCUUGCGAUGUUUGGGAAAAUUCAUUUAGAAAAGGAGUAAACGGUUUGCAGUAAGAAUUUCAUACACGUGAUGCUCAUUAACGUAACGUUAUAAAAACGUUCAGUGCUGGUCAGAAGCGUUUUUUUCUGUGAUUGCAGUAUUGCUUUUGUCGUUACUUAUUUAUUUUGUUCUCUUUGCUGUAAAAGAAUUCAUUGUGCUUAUUAUUUACUUUUUAAUUUAUUCAUUAAAAAUCGUGCCCAUUUUCUUGGACUUAAUGUGUUAUACACUUAUCUGGAGUUCAUGCAAACACACAAAAUGGAAGUGUAUAUUUUUACGGCACCGUAUCAGCCAAAGGUGAUCGUUACAUAGCUUGGACACUAAAACAUGGCCGUUCAGUCCUUUGAUAUUGUUUAAAAAGUAACAAUAUGACAUUUCAAUACAAUUAUAAGAUUUUUACUUGAA